AUGUGCGAGACCGAAGAAAUACUUCAGAAUUUAAAAAAAGCAGCCGAGAAAAAGGAGGACACGAAAAUUAUACAAAACCUCAAACUGCUACCUAAAGAGACCGAGCUGGACGAUAUUUUAUUUCUGCGGGAUUUACUGGAAUCCGAUAAUUUUGAAAUAUUAAAAGUAACAAUAGAAUUAGUAGCGGAACUGGCGAAGAUCGAAUCCAACCGGAAAAUCUUUACGAAUGAACAUCUAGUGAAGGAUAUAAUACAUUUGCUAGAUUAUAAGGACCUUGAUAUAGUUAUAAACUCGAUAAGAGCACUUGGGAAUAUUUGUUACGAGAACGAAGAAGCUUGUAAUAUUAUCGACAAAAUCGGCGUAGAUAAAUUACAAUUUAUACUAAAAGAUGAUGCCAGUAGAAAAGACAGCGAAUUAACAUCUAAAACAGCCGGUUUAUUCCUCAAUUUACUUAAUAUGAGCUCUAAUUUGGGGAAGGUUUGUUUGAAGAACGGCUUAUUUCCCAUUAUCGAAGAUCUACUCGCGAAAUAUUCGAAAAAUUGCAACCAAAAUGAAACAUUAUUGGUGUUUUUAAUUUCAAUAAUCAACAGCCUGGAGUAUCUUUUCGAUGAGCAGGAUGUACCUUUCACAAAAGAACUAUGUAAAUUACUAAUAGAUAUAUUCAAACAGUCCGUCACUCCCGAAAUAUCUAUACCUUGCUUAGAAAUAUUCCAUUCCCAAUGUGGACGAGUUUGCGCAUCGGAGGACAUUAAAACUCUCAUCGCCAAAGAGGGCGUUUGCGAGUUACUAUUCGAACAUAUAGAAAAAUACAGGCACUUGGUAGAAGACGAUGAGAGCCGAUCGAUUCUAAAAAUGGCGUGCGAUUUCAUCGUUAUAGUCUUAACAGGAGACGAUUGUAUGAACUUAUUAUACCAGAAUGGAGAAGGAAUAGUUUACCAGAAUAUAAUCUCAUGGCUGGACAGCGAAGAUCCUGAUUUAUUAACUACAAGCGUGUUGGCUAUCGGUAAUUUUGCAAGGAAAGAUAUCCAUUGCAUUCACAUGAUGAAAACGGGCAUAUCAAAGAAAUUACUAAAGAUACUGAAGAAAUAUAACACGAGUACAGACAUAAAAGACGUGAAAAUCCAACACGCCCUCUUAAGCACACUAAAAAAUCUGGUAAUUCCCAAGGAAAAUAAAGAAAACAUCAUAAAAGAAGGCUUGAUCGACACCAUAUAUCCAAUGAUAAACAGCAAAUACGACUUGGUUAUUUUCAAAUUAUUAGGAACAUUCAGAAUAGUAAUCGAAGAUCAAGAAACCACCGCAUUACAUCUGGCCACGCAGAAAGAGCUCAUCAGCAAACUAGUGCAAUGGAGCGACACAUCGGAGCACCUCGGCGUGAGAGGAGAAGUACCGAGGCUCUUAGCGUGGCUAAUCAAGUACUCGCGUUCGACGAAGCCCAUUAAAUUGCUACUGGACACUCCGGGCGCCGUGAAAUGCUUAGUGGAUAUGAUAUCGUCGAAUCACGCUUUGAUGCACAACGAAGCCCUCACCGCUUUGUACCUCGUGUACGUCGGUUGUCCGCAAGUGUCCCCCGAAGACGGCAAAGUGUUACCGAGGUACCACCAAGUGGGCUCGUCUACCUACUAUUUUCACCUGAUAACCGGCACGGUUAUAUUAUUUAACGUGUGCGCCAACCUGGUGGCCAUCAUGAUGUGCGAAACCAGCAUAAAAGGGCUAGUUUUACCAACCGAAAUGAAACCGGACUGGAGAUUCUGCUCGGUGUGUGAAACCAUAACGCCACCGAGGUCGUGGCAUUGCAGCGUUUGUAAUAUAUGCAUUUUGAAGCGGGACCACCAUUGCAUGUUCACCGGUUGCUGCAUCGGUUUGGAAAACCACAGGUACUUCAUCGUAUUCCUGCUGUACACGCUGGCAGCUACCAUUUACUCAUCGUACUACAAUCUAACGUUCGUCGCCGAAUACAUAUCGUUCGACUGGUCCUGGAUGACCGUGCUGAAGUUGCUGUUUCCCCUGUUCACGUUCGUCAUCGAAUGGACUGAAAAUCAAUUUUUCAUAUUCGUGAUCAUCAUCGUGCUGCUGGGAGCGUUUUUCACCGGAGCCCUGCUCGUGUUCCACGUGGACUUGAUGCUGAAGAGCGUCGUCACUCACGAGAAGCGAGUCACGAAAUACGAUCGAGGGAAAUUGGAGAAUAUCAAACUCACUUUGGGCGAGAGAUGGUAUUUGGUUUGGCUGUCGCCUUGGAUCGAAAGUAAAUUGCCCUGCGAUGGAAUUAACUGGGAUAAAAUAACAUCGGAUAAAGAGAAAUAG